AACGCUCGUCGACACAUUUACAAGUCAGCAUCAGAGAUUGCGUCUUGUUCCUCGUUUCUUACGCCAGAUGAAACGGGGAAGGACGGUUAUAUGUAAUGCGAUGUCGCGCUAUCCGGCCAGUAUUCCGUAGGGCGUAGAAGAAAGGGUCGAUUCGUUCUCUCAAGAGGAGACAAUGGAGAAUCCUCUCGCCACUGGCAUCCCGUUUAAUCAAACGGGAAAUUUGGAUCGCUUCGUGUUCGGAUGGCUAGACUACACGCUCUUCAGCCUGCUGCUGCUCGUCAGUGUUCUCAUCGGCGUGUACUUUGGCUUCUUUAGCAAGCAAGACAGCACAACGGAGUAUUUCCUGGGCGGUAAACGGAUGGGAUGCUUUCCCGUCGCGAUGAGCAUCAUCGCUAGCCACAUCUCGGGUAUCAGCUUGCUCGGUAUACCCACGGAGGUUUUCCAUUACGGGAGCCAGUAUGCGGCGUGCGUCGUCACAUCGAUCCUCACUGCCGUCGUUACCUCUUACCUUUUCCUACCUGUGUUCUACAAGCUGCAACUAACUAGCACCUUUGAAUAUCUGGAGAUUAGGUUCGCCAGAUCGGUGAGAAUUCUCUCUUCGGCGCUAUUCACCAUAUCCCUCUUCACCUACUUGCCCAUCGUCAUCUACGUACCUGCCCUCGCCUUCGCGCAAGUCAGCGACCUGAGUAUUCACGCGAUAACGCCGUUGCUUUGUAUCGUGUGCAUCUUUUACACCAGCAUUGGUGGCCUAAAGGCGGUAGUAUGGUCGGACACUAUACAAUUUUCCGUGACCGUUUGCGGGCUCUUUGCGGUUCUCGUGCUGGGGAUAUCGUCCGUUGGCAGCGUUCAGCAAGUGUGGAGGAUCUCCAGCGAAGGCGGUCGUCUCGUUUUCUUCAAUAUGGAUCCGAGUCCGUUGGCGAGAAACACUUUUUGGAGUAUGGCUGUAGGUAUGACGGUAAUAUGGCUCGGACACCUCGGUAUUCAUCCGGGUACGGUGCAGCGAUUCCUGUCGGUGCCUCGAGAAAUCGACGCGAAACACGGUAUCGCGAUUACCGCGGUAGGGAUGAUAGUCGUCAAACUGAUCUGCGUCUUCACCGGAUUAAUCAUGUUUGCCAAGUAUCAUGACUGUGAUCCUUUUCUCACCAAGUCGAUAAGUCGCACCGACCAGACUCUACCGUACUACGUGAUGGACGUUGCUGGGCAUCUGCCAGGACUUCCGGGAUUAUUCCUAGCGGGCCUAGUGAGCGCCGCGCUCGCAACUAUGAGCGCGAGCUUGAACACCGUGUCCGGCACCAUUUACGAAGACUUUAUAAAUUUGCGGAUCCCGGAGAGCCCCGAGAAAGAAGCUAUGGCCGCCAACAUAAUGAAGGGCAUCGUCGUGGUAGCCGGUGUGAUUUCGGUUGGUCUGGUGUUCCUGGUCGAACGAUUAGGAUCGGUCUUCCAAAUAGCCGUGAGUACGCGUGGCAUCACCGACGGACCUUUGCUCGGCCUCUUUAUGCUAGGAAUGCUGGUACCCUGGGCAAACGCGAGAGGCACGUUGUUUGGCGGUUACGUCGGUCUGAUCAGCAUGCUUUGGCUGGUGGGAGGCGCUCAAUGGCACACCAUACAUAACAGAAUUAAAUACAAUGCGUUACCUACGUCGAUAGAUGGUUGCCCAUUGAAUCAGACCCUCUCGAGCGUGACGACGCCUACUGUAUCAUCCUGGAUAGAUGACUCCAGCGAGGAACCUAUGAUACUCUUUCAAAUAUCCUUCAUGUAUUACAACAUGAUAGGAGCGAUUAUCGUUGUUGUCGUCGGCACUAUCGCGAGCUACGUUUUCGGCGUGGACCUCGAGAGCGUAGAUCCCGAUCAUAUUACACCGAUGAUGAAAAGGUUUCUUCCUUCUCGAAGAUAUGCUCGAGUCUCGUUGAGAAAUGUGCCGCUCGACGUUGCGCCGGAAAAAAUCAAAUGAUCGCGAUUCGUCAUUAUUUUAAUGAGUGGUAAGCGAGCUGAUAGGAUCAACCUCCCGAAAAACUCUCUCAAUUACCUCCAUUUAUCCUGCGAAUGAUAAUCUUUAUUCUAAAAAAAAUUUUUAUCUGACAGCCGGUCACGACAAAGGGGGUGUUGUGUCUCUUAUUGAUUAAUAGACGCAUGCGCCAACUCUUACAGCUCACAGUCUCACUGUCAGUAUCGUUCCUAGUGUUUGUACGAGGCACCAGUUGCAUCUCUCUCUCCCCCCCCCCCUCCUAGAUACACCCUGGCUAGGAAACCAAAAUCGAAUGCUACGAGGAACGAGUCUUUGAUUGCAUUCUGGCGGAACAAGUAUAUAAUAUCGUCACCGUUCAAUUCCACUCGGCGGUGGGAAAGAACAUACAUGUGUGUGUAUAUCGUGUAAGAGAAAAGUCGUUGCGAGUCCAAAAAGAAUAAAUUUGGUUCAACGAAUAAAGGAUAGCGAUCGACAUUAGACCCGUGGACGUUGUAGAGAAAGUUACGUCCCUGAAGAUGUUGAUCGGGGUUGCUCGGGGGUGGCCGCGUGCCCUCGUAAAUAGGAUGGCCGCGCCUACACGUGGAGUGAGUGUUGUCGCGAAUACCGAGUUAACCGAGUUAACCGAGUUAACCGAGUACCCUCGGUCCGACACAACGUUCAACAAGUACGAGUACACUUGGCAGCAUCCUCGCAGCGAUUUUAUCGUGCAACAUGGUCAAUACCUUGGAGUGAUGGAACGAAGAUUGCUACAGCGAUCAGCUACAGCGAGCUAUUCUCAUCGCGUACGUGUCGAAGGUGAACGUCGAGUGAAUCCAAAGUAAGGGAUUUAUGACAGGCGAUAGGUGUCCGUCUAAACAAGGAUUCGAAUGGUUACAUUAUUAAUCGUCGCGAUUCAAGGGAAGCUGACCUCUAUUCUUCUCGCACAUCUUGGCUCAAUAUACUUGGCAUUCCAAAGCGACGGAAUAAUCCAAAAGUUCACAAUCCACAGAGUUUUCAUCUUUGUACAAUACAAUGACUUUGUACGUACAAACGAUUUCACUGAUAGAUUCAAAGAUUUAUUUACUUAUUUGGUCAACAACACACAUGGUGCCAACAGAAUGUAAUAUAGAUCAUUAUUGGCGGAAAGUCGAUAGAAUGCAAGAAUUUUGUCGAUUCCAGCUGUUUGAAUAUAUUCAGCGCCGU